UCUUUAUUUAAUUGGAGGGUUUGUCACUUUUUUUCCCACUAUUUGAGAGAGAAAAGGUGCAUGUUCUCUUCUUCAAAUUAAAACCAACCUAUUCCUUCCUAUUCUAUUUGCAUAUCGCAUUUGUUCUUGAAUCUCUUUGGCAUAGUAUUCGCGAUUAAGAAGCAAUAACAGCUCAGAGAGAAAGAAAUUAAAAAGAGAGAAUGUUCCAUGCUAAGAAACCUUCGACUAUGAAUUCCCAUGACAGACCCAUGUGUGUUCAAGGAGACUCAGGUCUUGUCCUCACCACUGAUCCUAAACCUCGUCUUCGUUGGACCGUUGAGCUUCACGAGCGUUUUGUUGAUGCUGUUACUCAGUUAGGUGGACCUGAUAGUAUGUUCUCUAUAUACUCCCUAGCUAACCCUACAUAUAUAGAGUUACUUAUGAUCCACCAGUACCUUUUCAGAGAGGCAACACCUAAAACUAUUAUGAGAGUUAUGGGUGUUAAGGGUUUAACCCUUUACCAUCUCAAGAGCCACCUUCAGAAAUUUAGACUGGGAAAGCAGCCUCACAAAGAAUUCAAUGAUCACUCGGUGAAGGAUGGUGAUAGAGUAACUGCAGCAACCAGUUUAGAACUCCAAAGAAAUUCGGCAUCCUCAUCUGGAAUGAUCGGGCGUAAUAUGAAUGAGAUGCAAAUGGAGGUACAAAGAAGGCUGCAUGAACAACUGGAGGUACAAAGACACCUUCAGUUGAGGAUUGAGGCACAGGGAAAGUACAUGCAGACUAUAUUGGAGAAAGCUUGUCAAACAUUGGGGGGCGAGGAAAAUAUGGCGUUACCAGCAAGAACAUUUAAAGGCAUUGGAAAUCAGGGAGGACUAAUACCGGACAUUUCAGCUGCCUUUAAAGAGUUUGGAACCCCUCCUCUAAGUUUCUCCUCAUUUCAGGACCUGAAUAUUUGUGGAGGACACGACCAACAGCUCGAACUUCAUGCUCAGAGUAGCAUGGGAGAAAGGUCAUCAUCCUUCGAUGGAUUCAUGAACCUAGGCAAUACUACUGAUCAUAACUUGACUCUGGGAAAGAAGAGGCCUAGCCCUUAUAGCAGCAACGGGGGUAAUAGCAAUGGAAAGAGCCCCUUUAUGUGGUCUGAUGAUUUCCGUCUCCAAGAAUUAGGCGUAGCAACAGCAGCAGCCUUAGGUCCUAAUAAUGAAGACGACCACCAGAUUAUUCAGAUGGAAAGGAGUUGCAAUCCCGAGCUUGAUUCCGUGUCUGACCUUUACGAGUCAAAGCCAAUCCUGCAGGAGGAAAAGAAAUGCGACGCCAAGCUGGAGAGGCCCUCCCCGAGAAGAGCCGCCCAGAUUUCGAGUUUGAGUGCCCAAGGUGGACGAAGCUCUGUUUUCGGUGAAUUACUAAGUUGGCAAGAUGGAAAGGUCACCGACGGUGGAGAGAGGCCGGAGUAAAAAGGCAACUACUUAAAAAGACAAGGCGGACAACGCACUCAUCAUGCGUACUGCCAGCAUAGAUGAAGCCUCUUUGUACUCUAGCUUUUGAAGAACCAAAAAGGGAUAUGCCACAUGAAAUGUUACUGUAACAUCAAAAAGGGAUAUGCCACAUGAAAUGUUACUGUAACAUCAACGUUUGCAUGCAUGCAUGGCUCAAUUUUUCAUGACUUACUUUUUCUAUACAGUACAUCAUGUCAUUGAAAGUGCAAAAGGGGGUAAUUGAACUUUCAUUUUUCCAGCCGACUAGCUAUGUCUAGGGUAUUCAUGGUGUGAUUUGGAUUGGUUUUAACUUAAAAAUAACCAAACCAUCAAAAUUGUUUUUUUUUAAUAAUAAACAAAACGAAUAGAGUAUAAAUUUUGCCGGUUCGAUUUUAUCGGUUUGGUUUGACUUUGAGGUUAUUUUUAUUUUAAAAUGAUAAAAAAAAGCAGAUAACAUUCUCCGCUCACAAUAUAUUUUCGAGAAGCAAAUAAAUCAAGUAGAUAAUGCAUAGUAUUUUUAUUCCCACUGCAACACCAUACUACAAUACCAACUAUAGACUUAUAGGUAGGGGCGGAUUCAGGAUUUUCAGUGAGGGGGUUCAGUAGUACAUAUACGGACUAGUCGAAGGGGGUUCAACCUCUACUAUUUAUACA